AUGGUGUUCAUAUACACAUAUCGCAAAAUCAGGGCGUAUCGUGCUCGUAAAGCCGCUGAAGCUGAAGCCCAAAAUCAAAUAUCAACGACUGCGGGCUCAGACUCAUCAACCGCACCAACCAACCCCAAGUCACCAUCCAAUACCUCCAAGAAGACAAAGCCAUGCCCGCAAUGCACUCGAGAAAAGAGCAAGGCCCGCAAAUACCGAUGGAAACUCCUUUUCUGCCUGCUUCCUGCAUUCUUUAAUGCCAGUCUGGACUUGACUAUCGUCGCGACAGCAUUGCCGCAAAUUGCAUCCCAUUUCAACAAGUUUAACCAGCUCAAUUGGAUCGUUACCGCCUUCACACUUACGUCGACAGCAUUCAUUCCCGUCUUCGGUCAAUUAGCAGACACAUUUGGCCGUCAUACUACCUUGCAGAGUGCCGUGGUCACCUUGACCAUUGGAAGCGUCCUUUGCGCUGCGACCCCAAACUGGGCCGUCCUCCUCCUCGGCCGUGCACUGCAAGGCAUGGGCACUGCGGGAAUACAGAAUGUCACUAUGAUCGUUCUCGCGGAUUCAGUGUCCUUGAGAGAUCAGGCUGUCAACACAAGUAUUUUUCAGUUGUUGAAUGGAAUUGGCUAUGCCGUUGGACCCAUCAUAGGCGGGUACCUAACGAACGCAAACUGGCGAUACUGCUUUGUUCUGGGCGCGGGCAUUUCCGUCAUAAGCAUUGUCACCAUCUUUCUCCUCAGGAACGACCUCAAGGCAGGCAGAGUCUCCAUCUCGCACCCUGCGCCAAACUCCAGCCGCCUCCAAGCACUGACGAACGGCCUCUCUACACUCGACUUUGGCGGCAUCGUCCUGUUCAUAUUCGGAGUCGGUCUCGUCAUCUUGGGAACAGCCUGGGGUGGUUCAACAUACCCCUGGUCCUCCGCUGCCGUUCUCGCGCCAAUCAUCAUCGGUGCCAUUCUCAUUGUCCUCUUCUUGUUCUAUGAGAAGCUCCUUUCUUCUCCGACGAGCUUCCUCUCACGCCACCUACCACAAGGCACUGUGCCCAUGAUCCCAUCGUCGAUCCUCUCCUCCAAAGACGUCACUCUUAUCUGCUUCAUCGCCGCCGGCACCGGCGCCGCGCUCUACAGCGUCUUCUACUUCAUCGGCAUCUAUUUUACGUUGGUUGAAGGGUACGCGGCCUCCCACGCCGGCGAACAACUUUUAUACUACGUCCCCGGGAUAGGAGUCGGCGUAUAUUUCGCAAUAUUCGUCUGCAAUGUCUACCCGAGACAGACAUUCCCGCCGCUGGUCACGGGCACCAUCAUUGAAAACGCCGGGAUCGCCGUGCUUGCCUACGCGGUCAAAGUCAAGAAUGAGACACUGGUCAACGUGAUGAUGGGCAUCGCGGGAGCUGGCACGGGUAUGCGCUUCAUGCCUUCCAACCUACAUUUGGCGGGCAUGUUUCGCGACCGGUUGGCCCCGGCAUAUUCGCUUUUGAGAUUCGCUUUGCCGUUUGGCGGCACCCUCGCACUCACUAUCAUGGGCUCGGUGUUUCAGAACCAGAUGAGCGAGUACUUUGGCUCCAGCGCCGUCAACUCGGGCAACACGAACAACACUAACAACGGGACAUCCGUGGGCUUCAGCCUGCACAACCAAGCCUCCCUCGACCUGAUCAAGAACCUUCCACCGGCCGAACAGAAAGCCAUCCGCUCGCAAGGCGCCACCGCGACCAUGUGGGCGUUUAUAUCCAUCCUGCCGAUCCUGGGGCUGAGCUUGCUGGCCAGCCUGUUCCUGGGGAACGUGUGGAUCUCGAAGAAAAAGCAGGGAAAGGGGGCGGCGGCGGCGGCGGCGUCGGACGCGGAAAAGGCAGAAGCGGAAGGGGCCGAGGACCUCCGCGACCGCGAAGACGGCCUGUGUCGCCGCCACGCUGCCUCUGUCGCCGCGGACGACGGUGCGUCGUCGGCAGCGGCUGGCGCAGCCGUGGAGAAGAAGCACGAGGAGCAGCGAAACGAAGUCGAAUACAUCAGCGAGGUGUUCCUCCUCGCGGUUGCCAGGGGCGACGUGCGCAGACUGAAGAGAAAGGGCGCAUCGGAGGAGGAGGUGGCGGUCGUUAGUACCUCGCAGUCACGCGGAGGAGGAAGUAGAGCACCUGCAGGUGGACAAGGGACGCACUUGCAGAUGAAAUUGGAUGGAGGUGCGUGA